UGCCAGGAGGCCUGCCCAAAAUGAUCAUAACUGAUCAGGAUCCGGCGAUGACAAAGGCAUUUGCUAAUGUUCUUCCAACUACACACCAUAGAUAUUGCAUUUGGCAUAUUGUGAGUAAAUUUUCUGAAAAGAUAAGUGCAUUAUCUUAUAAAGAUCAUUAUGACGAGUUCAAACAAUGCAUAUGGAAUUCUGAUAGCCCUGAAGAGUUUGAGGCUAGAUGGGCAGAUGUUGUACACAAAUCCAAUUUAUCCUCCAAUGAAUGGUUGAAAGCCAUGUACGAAAUCCGUGAGAGAUGGAUUCCGGCAUAUAUGAAACACGUGUUCCGCCCACAUGACUAGUAGUCAAAGGGCUGAGAUUUCACAUUCCUUUUUCAAGAAGUGUGUUUCUUUAAAUAAUUCAUUGUACGAUUUUGUCACGCAGUUUGCUAGGGGGCUUGCUCACAUACGGCAUAAUGAAUUGGAUUUGGAUCAUAAAGAUCUCAAUAAGAAGCCGCAACUGAUAACAUCGUUUCCCAUAGAGUCCACAAUGAGUGAGUUGUAUACAUUGGCCAUAUUUCACAAGUUUCAAGAUGAACUCUUCCAAAGUGGGGCGUACAUGGUUAAGAUGACACAUGAGGAUGAACACUAUCGUUUCUACACUGUUGAGAGGGCAAAGGUGAGUGGUUCGAGGGUUCGUAAUCUUUUGGUAAAUAAGUCAUCAGAACAUGUAAGUUAUAGUUGUAAGAUGUUCGAAUUUGACGGAAUUCCAUGUCGGCAUUUAUUGGCUUACUUCCAUAGAAUGCAGAUUCUUGAUCUUCCUGAUGAGUUAAUUUUGGUGAGGUGGACGAAAUCGGCAAAAAUUAAAACAGUUGUAAAUGAUUUGGGUGGGUCUGUCCAAGAAAUAUGUGGCAUUUCUGUGUUGGAAAGGCUAAAUAAGCUCUUCAAACUUGCUUAUAGUGUAAUUGAUGACGCCGUAUUAACUGAAUACGGAAGUGAGCUUUUGGAAGAAGCUUUGUGUUCGGUUCAAAAUAAGGUACGUGCCAUGUCUCUUGGAAGUGAAGGUGGGAAAUUGGGUGCUAGUGUUAGCCAAGUGUCUAUUCCUCGUGAACAUAUUUUUAAAGAACCGCUGCAAGUUAGGGCAAAGGGUUGUGGUAAAUGAUUAAAGGGAGGAAAAGAAAAGGCAGUCAAGAAGAGUAGGCGUUGCAAUGGUUGUGGGUUAACGGGACAGUCACAUGACAAAAGUAAUUGUCCAAAACUUCACAACAUUUCUCCGCAAGAUGUUAGGAUGAGUGACGACGAGGACGAGGACGAGGACGAUGAGGACGAGGACGAUGACGACUUUGACGAUGAGUGAUAGAUUGGUACUUGCACAUGGAUUGAUGCUUCAAAAUGUAGAUGAAUUUGGAAGUUUUUGGAUAGUGAUCUGUUUUGCUGUGUGGCUGCUUAGUAGUCUGACUAUCUAGUAGACUUCUGCUGCUCCUAUUGUCUCUUGGCACAUCUGCUGCUGCUGUCCUAUUGUGUCCUGUUGAAUGUUAUCUGCUUCUUUGUAUUCUGUUCGGAUUAGUGCUUGUUUGGAACUAUUUUCUUCAUUUAUUGGAACUGUUUUAAUUCU